CAGCUGCAGCGAAAGCAGCAAAUAAAGGAUGCAUUUGAGCCGAGGUCAUAACUGGCCUCCUAAAUAAUUGGAUUAUCAGUUUUGAGACAAAUCCCAUGAGAGGUUGGUCAAUUAUUGCAUGAGACAAAGAGAAAUGGUAGCGUUGUGACAAAGUUCAAAUUUAAGAUGGAGGCACAAUACGACCCAGUUUUACAGAUUUGUAAACUUUGCAAAUCCUCUUUUCUCCAAAGACACUUUGCUGACCAUUUUAACAGUUGCCACGAUGAGGGAAAUUUAUUUCUUUGUGAGUCCGACGGUUGUUCAAUGAGGUACAAAACAAUCCUCGCUUUAAGGAGACACAAAACCAUAAGUCAUAAUGGUCCGGAGGCAAAAUCUGUAUUGGAAGACGGGCAGAGAAUGAUAUGGGCAGAGGAGGUCAAAAUGGUCCACAACAAUAAGCCCGUCGGUAUUUACGUGGGGGUGACAAAUUAUUAUCACCCUCAUGUCGCUGCAGCAGACAGAGAUCGUGAUGGGAAGAAGUGCAUUGUAAGCAAACAUUUUUUGUCGGAAGGAUUGUGCUAUUGCGACCACGAUACGGCCCGGGAGCUGCUAACUGUAGCCGUGCUACCGCGUGAUAACGAGAACAAAGUUGCAUUUGAGAAAAGAACUUUGGAAGUCACUACAGCGUAUAAAAUGUACACUCGUCAGCAUUUUGUAAAAUGUAUUUGUUCUAAUUUCACCUCUACAUACGAACUCUCAGAAAAGAAGGAGAAGACGAUUCGCAGAGCGCUUAGAGACUCAGAAUUUUCAAAGUAUUAUACUGACGAUAUACAGCAACCAUUUACCUAUCAUGUUUGGAAAAACUCGAAGGAUGGACAAGAGGCUGUCGCCGCAAAACGGGUAAAGGAGGGCAAGCCCCAUUUAAUCCCUCUUCAAAAGAGGUUGGCGUCCUCGGUGACCAGUGCUGGCGAACCCCAACACAAAAUGAAACGUGACACGGAGGAGGUUGAAGGGGAAGAAAACCUCAUAAAAUUAAUUAAUGCUUACGGUCGAUCUGCUGUGAGAGACAUGUGUGAUAAACUUAGUCAGGAGGAGAAGAAGUCAAUUGACGAAAAGAGAAUUGCUCUCGGUGAUUUGAAGAUCGACACUGUUCAUGCAAAUAAGAUGUGAUGUCAUAAUUAGAUAGAUAUUUUUUUGAUGAAUUUUUUACACUACUACUAUUUCUCUUUGUUACUCAUAUUAUUAAUAUGAAAUGCUAAUACAUUAGAUUACCUCGAAGUCA